UAGGUAGCGAGGCCUCCGCGGCUACUGUCCAAGACGGUCCCGCUGCCGGGCGAGGGAAGUUGGAGGCGGUGCUCCAGGGGCUGAAACCCGCCGUAGAGCUAGCUGCGCAGUCAGCGUGCCGCUGUCUUCUGCCGAGUGUACAGUGAUAUCUUGAGAGAAGAUGGGAAAGGGCUGCAAAGUUGUGGUUUGUGGCUUCUUAUCUGUGGGGAAAACAGCAAUUUUGGAGCAGCUUCUUUAUGGGAAUCAUACUGUUGGAAUGGAAGAUUGUGAAACAAUGGAAGAUGUAUAUAUGGCUUCAGUGGAAACUGAUCGGGGAGUGAAGGAACAGUUACAUCUUUAUGACACCAGAGGCCUACAGGAAGGGGUGGAACUGCCAAAGCAUUAUUUUUCGUUUGCCGAUGGCUUUGUUCUUGUAUACAGUGUGAAUAAUCUUGAAUCCUUUCAAAGAGUGGAGCUACUGAAGAAAGAAAUUGAUAAGUUCAAAGACAAAAAAGAGGUAGCAAUUGUCGUAUUAGGAAACAAAAUCGACCUUUCAGAGCAGAGACAAGUGGACGCUGAAGUGGCACAGCAAUGGGCAAAAAGUGAGAAAGUGCGACUGUGGGAGGUAACGGUUACAGAUCGGAAAACUCUGAUUGAACCAUUCACUCUAUUAGCCAGCAAACUUUCCCAGCCCCCGAGUAAAUCCAGCUUUCCUUUGCCUGGGAGGAAAAACAAAGGGAACUCUAGCUCUGAGAACUAAAACUCAGUGCCACAGUUGUUUGUUGAAUAGUGAUUGCCUUUAACUGUCUGUGAACAUAUUUAAAAUAGGCCAUUUGUAGCUGCUUUUGGUCCUUUGAAAAUCCCUAAGGAAGUAAUUUAAUGCACUUUAGGAUUUAAUUAAAUUAUUUGGGCUGUAUUACUAUUGCCUGAUAUAAAAUAAUAUAUUUGCAUUCUAGAUGCUUGAAAUUUGUCCCUGAUAUUUGCACGUUAUUUAUAUUUGUGCCUAUGAGUAGCGACCCCCCCCUUAACCUGUUUCAGAAGCUAUUAUUCUGUAUAACUUUAUGCACUGUUAGCUCAAACAUAACUUCAUUUUAAAAAAAUUCACCAGUCAUCUAAUGCCUAGGAUUAUAAAAUGACAUUUUUUGGUAUGUCCAAACUGGAUCACAAACAAUUUGGGUACUAAAUUUUAUCUGGUGGAGAUCCUGCUAAAUUGAACAAAACCUAUGAUACCGCUUUGUUCACAUUGUAUGUGUAGCAUGACUUGAGGUAGCAGGUGGUAUAAAUAUGUUCAGACUGUUUCCUCCUUCUCUAAGAAAACUGGUAGACGUGUAAGGACAGGAAAGUUUCCAUUUUCCACUUAGAAUACUAUACCUUUUGGAAAACUUUCUUGGAUAUAGAAAUGUGGAAUAAAAUGUAUCAUAAAACUAUUGAACUACAGGUAGUCUUCAAGUUAGAUAUCUGAAUUUGUGCUAAGGUUCUCUGAAGAUUUUUGCAAAAUCUGAGCAAUGGGGCUUAUAUUUAGCAAAUUGACAAUAUUGUAUCUAGUUUUAAAAGGAGGAAGCAAGCUUAGUGGUUUCAAUGUGAAAGCAGUUAACUGAUUUAAAUGUAAAAUAAAGAAUAAGCUGUUCAGCAAAGAAAUGUGAAAA